GGGUCGGACCCGAGCCGCGCGGCGGCCGCGUGCGCCCUCCUCCUCCUCCUCCUCCUCCUUCUCCCGCCCCUCCGCUCACCCCGGGGCCGCCCGACCUGCCCGGCCGGUUCUCCGGGAGACGCGGCCGCCCUUUUCAGCCCGAGCCGGGGACUCGGGUACCGCCCCUGCCCGGCGGUCCCGGGUUGCCGGGUGGCGCUGUCGCCGCAGACGACCCCGAAACGAGUGAAUUAGCUAAGAAGGGAAAGGGCUUCCUCUUGCCUCUCGCUUCCCUCGUCUCUGGGAGUAGCGAGCGAGGAGGAGAAGCCGGUGAUUACCCUAUGGAAAGCGGCUCCACAAGGAAUUUAGCUUCGCGUAAAUAAAUAAAACUGCUUUGCCAAGACGAAAGCCGUUCAGCAACUUUACGUCCCAGGUUUUACGAAGCAUGACGAUUCUCUUUCAGUGUUUGGAUAAACUGAGAGUUGUUUUUCCUUCAUUCAGGGCCGACUACUGGAAGUCACAACCAAAGAAAUUCUGUGAUUACUGCAAGUGCUGGAUAGCAGACAACAGGCCUAGUGUUGAAUUUCAUGAAAGAGGAAAGAAUCACAAGGAAAAUGUGGCCAAGAGGAUCAGUGAGAUUAAACAGAAAAGCCUGGAUAAGGCGAAGGAAGAAGAAAAGGCGUCCAAGGAGUUUGCUGCGAUGGAGGCAGCUGCCCUGAAGGCAUACCAGGAGGAUCUGAAACGGCUUGGCUUAGAGUCAGACAUUUCAGAGCCAAGUAUAUCACCAGUGACCAGCACUGUCCAGCCCACUUCUACAUCAACACAGCAGAAAGAGAAGAAGAAGAAAAAGGAAAAGAAAAAGAAAGACUCUUUGAAGGGUAGAUGGGUAGAAGGUGUAACGGCUGAUGGUCACUGUUACUAUUACGAUCUCAUCACAGGAGCAUCUCAGUGGGAGAAGCCAGAAGGAUUUCAAGGGAACUUAAAAAAGACAGCAGCAAAGGCCAUUUGGGUAGAGGGUUUAAGUGAAGACGGUUACACCUAUUAUUAUAAUACAGAAACAGGAGAAUCCAAAUGGGAAAAACCUGAUGAUUUCAUCCCACACACUGGUGAUGUGCCAUCUAGUAAGGACAAUGAAAAGUCACCUGACACCCUAGAAGACUUCACAUCGUCAGAUUCUCACAGUGAUUCUGAUGGUGAACAGAAGAAAGUAGGAGAGGCCUCUGUGGAAACGAAGAAACUAAUAAUCAAAUUUAAGGAAAAAAAUAAAAGUACUGAGAAAAAAACUGACCCAGAAGUACAAAAAGAAAAAAGUACCCCAAAACAGAAUCCAUCAAAUACAAACGAAGAAAAAUCCAAAACUCUUAAGAAAUCAACGAACCCUUAUGGGGAAUGGCAAGAAAUUAAACAAGAGGCUGAGUCUCAGGAAGAGGUCGAUUUGGAACUUCCAAGCACUGAGAGCGAAUGCCUGUCAACCUCAGAAGCCGCUGUUGGAGAAAUCAAAGUGGUAUUUAAAGAGAAAACAGUCUCUUCUCUGGGAGCUGCAGCAGACGGGGUGGCUCCAGUCUUCAAAAAGAGAAGAAUUGAAAAUGGGAAAUCCCGGAAUUUGAGGCAGCGAGGGGGUGAUGAGUGAGUGCACAGCCUUGGACCGCUGAGGACAGAGGAGACGUGCCCUUUCCAAGCUUCUCAGUGUUUUGAGUACUGUAGUGCUGCAGUUUACAUUUAUGCUAAAUGUAUUUUAUGUGAAUCAAAAUAAAUCUUUUCAUGUGAAA